AUUUAAUUUCCCCGACUCUGGUCCUCACCUUAUCAAAUGAUGAUGAUGAUACACAUCCCAGUCACCUUCCUGUACUAUGUAUGUAACCUUCCACUUUCAGUCUUCGGUGAUGUGGUCAACAUAAACACGAUAACGGGUAUCUCAUCCUCCUACCAGGUCGGCUACUCUCACAUUAUUUCUUGUGCCUUUAAUGCCCCUGACUGGAGGCUCAACCAGGUAAAGCACAUGUAUGGCGUAAAUUAUUACCACGUGCCGUAUUUCGCAUCCCACGCAUCCUUUCGAUAUGUCACCACUGAAUUAUUGAAACACUUUAACGAUCUUGAUAGCCACUUAUCUACGCUAUCUUAACACACGGGCCGCUUUGGGUAUAUCUGCAUCUUAUCAAACCUACAGGCUGCGAUCGAGUAAGAAUAUCAUAGGCCAGCAGGAGACCAAUACAUGAACGUAUUAAA